GUAGUGCGGCUGUUGGAGGCUGGAGGCAGUGUUUUAUUGUAAUCAGUUUGGGAUCCGUUCGGCGUCGUUCAGUCAUGGCGUCCGGGAAGACGGUGGACUGCGGCGCUUCCUGCGAAUAACCGCCGACAAACCGACUCCUCGCGACUUUAGCCGCUGCACUGCGCUUUGUUUUCGCAUGAUAUCAUUUAACAACACUGUUACGGAGCUAUCCAGUCCCAAGGAGUUUUAAUUUAGCAGUAAAGGUGGGUUUGAACAGUAUGGUGGAGCCAGAGGAGCGGCCCUCGGUGGCGGGCCAGAGGCUGGGGGCCCCCGAGAGCAUGGGCAUCAGCACGCUAGAGCCCGGCCAGCGGCCUCCCACCAUGCCCCCCGGCAGACAGGUCUCCAUCCGGGUCCAGAUGUUGGAUGACACUCAGGAAGUCUUUGAGGUCUCGCAACGUGCUUCAGGGAAGGUGCUGUUUGACCUGGUUUGUGCCCACCUGAACCUCAUCGAGGGUGAUUACUUCGGUCUGGAGUAUCAGGACCAGCGUAAAAUGAUCGUGUGGUUGGAUCUGUUGAAGCCGAUUUUUAAACAAAUCAGACGACCCAAGAACACCAUCCUGCGGUUUGUGGUGAAGUUCUUCCCUCCUGAUCACACGCAGCUGUUAGAAGAGCUGACCAGGUAUCUUUUCGCCUUGCAGAUCAAGCAUGACCUGGCCUGUGGACGUUUGACCUGUAAUGAAAGCAGUGCCGCCCUGCUGGUCUCUCAUAUAGUGCAAUCUGAGAUUGGAGACUUUGAUGAAGUGCAGUGCAAACAACAUCUACUCAACAACAAGUACAUUCCUGAGCAGGACACAUUGAUGGACAAGAUCAUUGAAUACCAUCGAAAACACAUCGGGCAAACACCAGCUGAAUCGGACUACCAGCUUUUGGAGAUUGCACGAAGACUUGAGAUGUAUGGAGUGCGCCUUUACCCCGCAAAAGAUCGCGAGGGUACGAAGCUCAGCCUUGCAGUGGCCCAUUCUGGUGUGCUGGUCUUUCAGGGACACACCAAAAUAAAUGCUUUCAACUGGUCUAAAGUCCGCAAGCUGAGCUUCAAAAGGAAGCGCUUUCUCAUAAAACUACGACCUGACUUAAAUCAGAGUAACUGUCAGGAUACUCUGGAGUUCAUGAUGGGAAGCAGGGAUUGCUGCAAGGUGUUUUGGAAGAUUUGUGUGGAGUACCAUGCCUUUUUCCGUCUGUUUGAAGAACCCAAACCCAAGCCCAAACCAGUUCUGUUUACCAGGGGUUCCUCCUUCAGGUUCAGUGGCCGCACACAAAGGCAGGUGAUUGAUUAUGUAAAGGACUCUGAAUUCAAAAAGGUUCCAUUUGAAAGAAAACACAGUAAAAUCCAGUCCAACAGCAGUCUUUCUCCAUUCCCACCCAGGCUGUGUGCCGAGGGUCAAGAAGAGAGGAAUGCCAGUGCUUCAGGACAUCAGAUGGACUCACCUAUUGGGUGCACUCAAGUGACUGUUGAAAACCCAGCUCUCCAGCGUUACACUGGGAGUCAAACCUUACAGACCAAUGGAUGCCGAAAUGGGACCCCCGAUGAGGCGGAUACUCGAUUAAAGCCAUCCCCAACCAAGCAGCAGGCCGAGCAUCUGAGCACAGGUCUAGCAUCGCAUGCUGCCAAGGGUAGCAGCUCCUCGAUACCUUACAUUGACUGCAGUGACAUAGAUAGCGAAUAUGAUGUGGUCAAAGGCCGUGUCACUAGGUCUCACUCCCAUACACAUGACAGUGAUGAGGUUGAGCCAACCAGCCAUACAGCAGGCAAGAGUAAUGGUUAUGGAAAUAGUCAGCACAAUGGACGAGGGGCAAGCAAGUCUAGAUUUAGGGAGUCUUCUUUGACCAGCCAUUAUUUGGGUCGGAGUUCAGAUACCUUUAAUGGUAGUCAGUUGUCUAAUGGGUCAUUUUGUGGUAAUGGAUCACCACGUGCUUUACCCCUGAGUAGUACCUUGGUGGAUGAAUUGUUUCAAGGUAUGGAUAGACGUGGUCUGGUGUCACCUUCCGGUCCAUCAGUUGGUUCCCGGAGUGCAAACUGUAGUCCGGUGAUGAGCAGUUUUCACAAAACCAACUCCCUGAAUCAUCCAGAGCAGAUUGGCUAUAGCAGUGGUCGCCGCUGGGAUGAUGGUAACCAUUACCUUACCAAUGGUCGAUCUGGGAGUGAGCCUCAACAUUAUGGGAGCUACUCCCCAAUUGUCAGUCGAUCCCCACACUUGCAGAAACUCCAAAAUGGCAUGCGUAACCGUUCCGACACCGAUCCCAUGAUUUUGAGCCAGUUAGGUUCAACCCCAGCUAAUAAACCCCGAUCAGUGCUCUCAAGAGCUGAACGUAUGGCUGCUCUUGAACGGCGUGUGGCUACUAAUGGGCAUGGAACAUCUAGCCAAGCUAGAUCCAGCAAUGUCCAGAGACUGUAUGGAAGCCGUCUCAGUGCUAAUGACCACAAUAGCCCAGUCCAUAUGAUUGAUGGUUCCACUAGUAGUGGAACGGAGUCUAGUGAUACGGAGUCAGAUGCAGGCAGCAACUCUUACAGUCAGCCCCUAGUCUUUGGAAACCCCGGGGCGGUCAAUUCCUCCCCUGUGCCCCGAAGCAAGGUCUCAUUUGGCAGUCUCCAACUGGAGGAUGAGGGUCAGGUGGGAGAAGAUGGCUACAGUUAUCCCAUCAAUGAUGAAGAUGGGGCACAAUUCUUCAACUGCUAGAGAAGAUGAAGUGUGCAUGGUUACUGCUUUGACUAUACAUCCAUUUUGCCGCUUGAAGGCCCAGUCAAGGUACUUUAAGGUGUGUUGUGUAGUUUUUGUGCCAUCAGUGGCACCAAAUGGACAUGGCAUGAUUUGACAUAGCAUUAACCAAUUGCAAUUUGGGGCAUGACUAUCUGUUUUGGCAGUGUUUGAGAAUUACAUUUGGUGGCACUAUUGGCAGAGAUUAUACAUCACAAUAUUAACAAGGUUAGCGAUGAUGGUACUUUUGCAAUAUUUGGAGAAAGAAGAAUGUGUUUUGCCUGUGGAAAUACUUUAUUAUUUCAAAUAUGCACAAUUCAUAACUAUUACUCUUAGAAGAUUAAAUUUAGAUUAAUGAGGAGUUUAAGGUUCUACUGCAAAGUGCCGUGUCUGUAAAUGUAGAGAAUGAAAUCUAAUUACAAUCGCAAAUUAAGGUUACCCAUAGUAGUGCUAACUAAUUGACUAGUCAUUGAGCAUUGCCAAACGUUGUGAAAGAUUUCUUUAUCAUUCUUGUAGAAGCAAAGAAUUACAAAAAUAUAUCGAAAGAUGCCAUGCCUUUACUCAACCUGUAAAUACCUUUCUGUUAGCCAUAACCAUAGCUUACAGAAUCUAAUGUCAGAGAUAAUUUCUUUAUGCAAUAGCAAUAUGCUAUUGCCAAAAUAGUGGUGAUAUGACAAUAGAUGUUCAAGAUAUGAAAGUUUUGAGGGUGUCUCUGCUGUGUGGCAUUGACGUUUUGUCAGAGCUAGGCUAGCUAGUUUAAUGUUCUUCUAGAUUCUGAUGGAUAAAUUGUGUCUACAGUUGAACUAUAAGCUUGUGUUGUCAUAAAAACAGAUUAUACUGGUAGGAUGUGUUGGACGGUAUAUCAGAUAAAAUAAGAAAUUGUGUUGACAUAACAUGAGAUAAGCAACAGUAAAUGGUUUAGCAUUUUAUCAUGCAUGUUAAUGAUUUUCACCCAACCAUGAUGGCUUCAUGCUAGCUUUGUUUUUUUUGUUUUUUCAAACUGGUUGAAAUUCCAAGUUCUUUAUCUUUGGUUUUUCUACAUGGGGUGCCAAUCUGGUGGCAUUGUCAUGUUUGCUUGUCCAUUUCCCAGCAUGCAUCACUCCUUUUAAAAAAUACAACAUUAUAAAGAUCUUAUUUUGUUUUGCUUUGCUGCUUAAUUUCUUCUUUCUUACACAAACCACUGUAUCUCUGGCACGCCUCAUCAAUGUCAUCUGUUUGCGUUGCAUUUGCAAUGCUUGAUGUACAUUUGAUUUGUAAGUAUAUUAACCUGUGCUCAGGUUGCAUUGCUUUUAAGACCUCUCCUGCCCAGUGUCAUCACUGUUCUAGCAGCAUGUAUCUCUGGAAUGCCUCAACUUGUCUUUUUUCCCUUUCUCUUGGAAGCAUGUCAGCCUGUCUUUGUCUCAGCAUUUUGCUGCCCUGUCCUUUUCAAAUGUGUAAAAGACUUUGCAUUGACAUGGGACCCUUAAAAUGCAGUAGUCUUUUGAAGUGGAGAUGGAUGUAGGGGAGAUUUGGACAGAAUGUAAGUAAGAAACUUGUUUUGAGGCUUAGCAUGUGAAGUAUAAAAAGAUAAGGAAAGUUUCAAAGGGCUAUCCUAAAAAGUACUUUAAACUUACGUUCAAUCUUUUAUGCAGACGUUUUUGCACUUCCAUGCUCUCGUUUUUUGCAUAUGUGUUAUUGCAUUCUGACUCACUAGGAAAUGGAUUUGUGAUACAAUCUUUUAAAGCAUUUGUUUAUUUUCCAAAAGCCAACUUUUUUCCUUUAGAGAAAUAUUCUUAACUUUUGCAUGGCAAUCCUAUGUCAGUGAAAGGAUUUGGAAAGUGUUUGCAAAGCUGUUCGCAAGACCACUGCAGUUUUUGGGUCUGUUACAUAAAAUUUUACAAUAUUUAUUGGAAAGUGUCAGUUUAUGCCACUGUUUAUAUGAUUGUAAAUAAUUCUACCCACCCAGUGUUCCCAGUAAUCUGUAAUUUGUCAGUGACCAAGGUAGCCUUCAUCGGUUUUUGUAAAUCACACUAAAAUAUGAUUUAACUUCUCUGUAGGUUUUAAUAUCACGAGAAUGCUGUAGCAGUAUUGAAUGAUUCACUCUUUUCAAGCUGUGAUCUCCUGAUUAUUUCAUAAAAUGUGCGUUGCUGAUGUAUCUGAAAAGUUCCAGAUAUAUUUGUAUAAUAUAUUGUAACUGUACUUUUUUAAAUACUCAUAAUUAACAGUGCAAUCACUGUGGCACAUAUGCAAAACAAUUAACCAUAAUUGUAAUGUGUUUACAAACUGCCUGACAUAGACUGUACUAGACUAAAUAACCAGGUAAGCAAUGGAAGGGUCACGCCCAUGAGCCUUAGUACAUGUUUUUUAACUCUUCCUCUCUGUUGCAGCCCUGUAGCACUUAUAAAUGGAUUUACUGAAGUCUCAAGGUUGUUAACUUUCUUGAUGCCUGUUCACAGGUUCUGUACGAUUGAUGUCUGUUUUUUUUUUUUUUUACUACUCCAAACCUUUGGUCUUAUUCAUUCUGGAACACUUUAACAUUGUAAAUGAAUGUGUAUUAUUAGCAAUAAAACUUGGUACUUGUGAA